AACUGUACAACAGACGAACGAACCUGUCCCUGACCAUAACGCCACUAACGGUGGUGAAGACACCGACGGACACACUGACGUUGAAGAUGAAACAUCAGACCCACAGGAGCACGCCUCUGAACUGAAUGAAGAUAAUAGCACAGAGUUCAACACUACUAGUUCACCUGAGGUUUGCCAAGAGGACGACCCUGUACUUACCAGGCAACAAUGAUGACGAGGACAAUGACAAACACACCACGUCUUCGGAAGGCAACACCGAAGAAAAACCGUCUGAACUUCAGGACACACUGAAACUGAAGAGGUGCCCAAGUUCCGAUUCGCUCUUCUGCAAAGGACCCAGCCUGGUGAACCGCCCGUGGAACGUGUACGGCCCGGCUACGUACGGUUACGCGCCGUAUAAACAUGACAAGGGCCGAUGGGACACACUGAUGAUCCUGAUGGCGAUUUUCUACACCUUGGCGUUUGUGACUUUGUGCAUCACUAUAGCCUUGUAUUGGCUCAAACUGGCACCAGCUUUAGACCGUGGCCCGGUGCCAGACUGGCUCAGACAGAGGUACUCCUUCGCUGACCUGGAGACGUGGUGGCGGCUGGGACUACUGGACCACAUCGAGCCUCCCUCGGCGACACCGACACCGACCCCCGAGCCUAUGCUAACCGAGUUGGUCUCGACGUUAAUCGGGAUCGGUCGGGCCAUCGACGCCAUGCCCAGAGAGGACGCCCGGGUCUUCGAAGAACUAGGCAUCGCCGACGACAUUUACGUCGACGUCAUCGCCAACGUGCUGACGAAGAUUGACGUCGCCGGCACGCUCUCCCCGGCCACGAUACGCUGGUACCUCAGUCCGUUCUCCAGCGGGAAUAUCAUCGGUGAUCCCUACAUCGUGCGGCAGGGGCUGAAUCUGAUCGGUCGGGACACCAUUCAACGGAUCUCCACCUUGCAUUUCUUAGAAGUACUGUCGGAACUUGAAACCAAUGGUGCGUCAAGGAGGCCAACAUGUAGAAUGGUCGACUGUGCAAGAGAAUCAGGACUACCGGAGGUUGGCAACGGUCACAUCGACUACACAGUGACGACAUACCAGGCCGAAGUGACUGUUGUCUGUGACCGCGGGUUUGUUCCUCGGGAACCCAAGUUGGAGUGUCUAUCUGACGGCAGCUGGGACCAGACAGCCGCAUGUGACCCCGUGCGAUGCGAUGAGCCUGGAACAGUAUCUAACGGCUGGUACACGUGUGAAGGGUACGACUUUCCCGACAAGUGUCACAUCAACUGUAAGCUGGGCUUCCACCCGACUGAGGAUGGCACACUGGGGUGCGGCUGGACCGGGAACUGGACUGUCGUGCCGCGGUCAGACGUUUCGACAGAGAUGGACAGCUCUCUUGUAGCGGACCAUAUUACUCGUGGAAGCCUAUCCUGUGCUAUUGCGGACUGUGGGAGCAUUCCAGUGCCUAGCGAUGGGAAACUGAAUUGUUCAGGGACAACCUAUGAAGACCAGUGUGAACUGACUUGUGAUGAAGGCUAUGAAGCUUCUCUAGGAACAACCUUUCACUGUACGCCCGAUGGAACAUGGAGUGGCGUUCCAACGUGUACUCCAGUUGAUUGUGGACGGCCCUUGUGGUUUCCUCACACUUCUAUACACUGUGAGGACGGUUUCCAGUACCCGAAUAUCUGCAACGUCACGUGCCAGGCUGGCUACCAAAGAACCGCUGCAGAAAACCCGGUGUGUGGAAAAGACGCGAGGUGGCAUUUCGUCAGAGCAGAAAACAUAAGCGAAGAGCUGAACAGCAAUAGAGACCAACCUGACUUGUUUUGCGAGAAAAAAGACUGUGGACUUCCACAGAAUCCACAGAAUGGCAGCAUCAACUGUACUGGUACAAAGUACCAGGACUACUGUCUGUUGGACUGCGACCCUGGGUACAAGAAUGCGGACGAAAAUUCUGCCAUCCUUCACUCUCUACACAAAUAUACAUGCAAUACUGAUGGCAGCUGGAGUGAGCAGCCGAGGUGUACACCGUCCAACUACUGCCGGUUGGGACUUCACAACUGCCAUGCGGAACACGGGAUCUGUGACGUGAUGGGACAUCAGACGUACAGCUGCAGGUGCAGAAGGGGGACCUACGGGGACGGGAUAAACUGUGAACGGCUGAUGUGCCCACCACUACCCGUUGCCACACCGCCCCAUGGAUUCUUCACCUGUGCCAGGCAGGAGACAACACUAACGGAUACGGUAUCACAGCCAAGCUUUUGCUCGACUGUGAAUGAGACGUCGGUUGACGAUGAACAGGAGUAUGAAGUGUCGUGUGUCCUGCACUGUGAACACGGCUUCAGACAGAACCUGUAUGCGGAGUACUGGUGCAGCAGUGAGGGGAACUGGACCAUACCUCAUCACCUGAACAACACUGGGAUUCAAGUUUGUGAAGAUAUAGACGAGUGCAGCAAAAACAAUGGUGGCUGUGAACACGACUGUGCGAACACUGUAGGGAGUUAUCACUGCACCUGUAGAACUGGCUAUCAACUGUCUGGAACACACAACUGCACUGAUGUGGACGAAUGUGCCAGUCUGAAUAACGGAGGCUGUGACCAGGGCUGUGUGAAUACAGAAGGGAGCUUUUACUGCACCUGCCGACCUGGAUACCAACUUUCUGGGACAACAAACUGCACUGAUGUCAAUGAGUGUGACAGUAACAAUGGCGGCUGUGAACACGACUGUGUGAACACUGUAGGGAGUUAUCACUGCACCUGUAGAACUGGAUAUCAACUGUCUGGAACACACAACUGCACUGACAUAGAUGAAUGCACCAUAGGGAACCACAGCUGUGACCACAACUGUGUGAAUACAGAGGGCGGCUAUAACUGUACCUGUUCAACAGGCUACCGACUUUCUGGGACAACAAGCUGCAUUGAUGUCAAUGAGUGUGACAGCAACAACGGCGGCUGUGAACACACCUGUAGGAAUACCGUUGGCAGCUACGACUGUUCAUGUAGAGGUGGCUACCAGCUAUCAGGAACACACAACUGUAUAGACAUAAAUGAAUGCACCAUAGGGAAUCACAGCUGUGAACACAUCUGUGUGAAUACAGAAGGGAGUUACAACUGUACCUGCCAACCUGGAUACCAACUUUCUGGGACAACAAACUGCAGCGAUGUGAAUGAGUGUGACAGCAACAACGGCGGCUGUGAACACACCUGUAGGAAUACCGUUGGCAGCUACGACUGUUCAUGUAGAGGUGGCUACCAGCUAUCAGGAGCACAUGACUGUAUAGACACAAAUGAAUGUGACAGUCUGAAUGCCGGAGGCUGUGAACACAACUGUGUGAAUACUGUAGGCAGCUAUCACUGUACCUGCCGGCCUGGAUACGAACUUGAUGGGACAACAAGGUGUAGGGGAGUGGGAUGUGCACCCCUGUCCCUGUCACAUGGUAGCGUCUCCUGCACCAACCAGGCAUUCUAUGGCUCUCAGUGUAGGGUGAGCUGUGACACUGGGUACUAUCUUACAGCACCCACCACCCUGCUGUGCCAUAACAAUGGCUCAUGGAACGCCAGUACGCCCAGGUGUUACGAGUGCAACAGUGCAGUUGACAUCAUCAUGGCAGUAGACAUUACUGGCAGCGUUGCACCUAACAUCAGCAAUGUUCGGGACCUAUUACGAAACAUUGUCAACCGUCUACCUAUAGGAUCAGGCACUAACCAAGCACGAGUGGGGCUGAUAAGGUUUUCUGACUAUAAUGAUGAUGUAACGAUUCCCCUGACACAAAGUAUCAACAAAACCAACCUUCAGAGCCAGAUUAACAACAUACUAAAUUCACCUACUGCAUUCACUUCUUGUGGCAAUAAUGUUGGUCCACGAGCUGGAGGUCAAGUCUGUGCAUUGGAAAAUUCGUAUGACCAGUUUCAUGUCAACAACAGACCAAAUGUCGGACAGAUUGCAGUCAUGGUAACAGAUGGUUAUGAGGUGACUCCAUCAAAUAGCACUAUCCCUGAAUCACAGGCAUUGAAAAAUUCAGGAGUGACAGUUAUCUGCAUUGGUGUUGGUAAUUAUGUUAACGAAGCUGUUAUGCGUGAAAUGGCAAGUUCCCCUUUUGCCGAUCAUUACUUUGAGUCCUCCAUGCGCAAUCUGAACGAACUUGUCGACCUCCUGCACCCCAAAAUCUGUAGCUAAACAGUAUAAAGGCAAUUGCAAUGUCAUCCAGAUUGAUGAUAAUAAAUAAUAUUUUAUGUCCUGGUGACCCUAAACCUGCAUGUCAUUACAGUCACACACACAUGAAAAAAGGCUCAAGGCCAAUUAGGAGACAGUAUUCCAUUCUAUACUAGGGUAAAAACGUUUGUGCUAAAUAAAUGUGUAAUUUACUGUUGCAAAUAACAAUUAACAGAACUACAUGUACAUGUGCUAGUGCACAUACUAGCAAUCAACAUGGACCUGAUAACUUAUGCUUCAUCAAUGUUAAGUAGAUUGUUUUCUCCAUUUGGA